AAUUAUUUGAGUAUUAUUAUUCGCUUUCUUUCACUUGCCCCACCCCCACCCCCCUUACGUGACCUUCGCGCGUUCGUGAACAGAAAAAAAAAUCUUGACAAUGUCCAAUAACAAUGAAUCUGUCUCAAUGGCUACAGAAUCCGCAUCAGAUCCUGGCACCAUUUACGUCGGCAACCUCGACCAAAGAGUAACUGACACGAUGCUGCAUGACUUGUUUGCUACCAUUGGACCUGUCAGUAACGUCAAGAUUGUAAUGGCACGACGACACGGACAUUAUCCAACCGUAAACUAUGGAUUUGUCGAGUUUGAGAAUAAGCAGGCAGCCGAACAAGCCUUGCGUGAUAUGAACGGUCGCAUGAUAUUCAACCAUGAAAUCAGGCUCAACUGGGCACAACAAAGCACGCAACAGCAUCAACCUCAGCAGCAACAGCAACCUCAGCAACAACAGCAAAAGGAUGACAUGGCUGACCACUUCCAUGUGUUUGUCGGUGAUCUUGCCAGAGAAGUCAAUGACGAGAUGCUUUCCAAGGCGUUUGGAAACUUUGCUACCAUGUCGGAAGCGCAUGUGAUGUGGGAUGCGGCAUCGGGUAACUCAAGAGGCUAUGGUUUCGUUGCUUUCAAAGAUAAGACGGAUGCCGAGCAGGCAAUUGCAACCAUGAACGGCGAGUGGCUGGGAUCCAGAAUGAUUCGUUGUAACUGGGCCACACAAAAGGGUCAAAUGGCAACACCGCCUGCACAGCCUGGCCAACAACUGCCAUAUGAAGUUGUCAUUAACCAGACACCUUCCUCAGUCACGAAUGUCUAUGUUGGAAACCUGCCUCCGGAUACAGCAGAAAAUGACGUGAGCCAGCCUUUCCAGCAAAUCGGUAAUGUGCAAGAAGUCCGUUUGCAAGCUGAACGCGGAUAUGCCUUUAUCAAGAUGGAUUCCCAUGAGAACGCAGCAAAAGCUAUCGUUCAACUUCAAAAUAUCAACGUUAAUGGGCGUCCAGCAAAGUUGUCAUGGGGACGUGACCGGACACAGCAGCAACAAGGUGGCAACCAUCACUAUGGUAACAAUAAUGACAAUCAUCAUCACCAUGGCCACAAUCUGUACGCCGGUAGAGCGGGCCACAACACCCGAGGUUUCUCUUACCAAGGACAUCAAAACAACCACAACAGCAGCCAUUACAACAAAUCCAAUAUCAGUGAAAAUGUGUUUUCAGAUUCCCCUGCACCGAAUUCGCUUGCUAGUUUGGAUCCCCAUGCAGGUGGCACUCAAGCUUCCGUACCGCCAACCAUGGCUACUCAGUGGAGUAACCAGCAAACAUCCUCGCAGUAGCAGUAGCAGUAGCACUUGUAGUUGCAGUAACAACGUUGCAAACAAUGAAACAAACAGAAAAAUACAAUCUAAUAUUUUUUACUGGAUCUACUUUCAUUACUCAAAAAAAGGAAAAAACUCACAGGUCUUGUUUUCGUUUUGAUACAUUGUGGUUG